AUGUCAGAUGAGAAGCGUCCACUUCAGUUUGAGAGCUUGGCUCUACACGCUGGAGAGAAUGUCCACGAUGUUCAGUCAGGGACUGGUGCAUUGACUACUCCACUAUAUGCAUCGACUUCAUUCACUUUCAACAACAGCCAGCAUGGAGCUGAUAUCUUUGCCGGGAAGGCCCAAGACUUCGCUUAUAGUCGGCUAGGAAAUCCCACAUCGGCGGUCUUCGAACAAAGAAUAGCAGCUUUAGAAGGAGGCGCUGCGGCUCUUCCUGCUUCAUCCGGAGAAGCAGCUCGCUGGAUGGCCAUUGCUGCUCUAGCAAUGGCCGGCGAGAACAUCAUUGUGGCUGCUACAGUGUCCGAAGAAACCUACACUCUUUUCAAAUAUCGACUCGCAACACAGGGUAUUACGGUCAAAUUUGUUGAUAUUAACGAUACAGAUUCUGUCAGAGACGCGAUUGACGACAAGACACGCGCUGUAUACAUUGAGAGUAUCAGCAGUGUUGGCCUUGAAAUUGCAGACAUCUCGGCUGUGGCAUCACUUUCUCAUGAAGCUGGCGUUCCUCUGGUAGUGGACAAUACAGCUGGUGCCGCAGGCUACCUUAUUCGUCCCAUCGACCACGGGGCUGAUAUCGUAAUCAACUCAACAUCCGAAUGGGUUACAGGAACCGCGACAACAGUCUCCGGAGUCAUCGUCGACAGCGGAAAAUUUCCUUGGAAAGAGCAUUCUUCUAGAUUCCCUCAUCUCACGCAGCCUUCGCCAGGUUACCACGGUAUGAACUUUGUCGAGCAGUUUGGCAACAUUGCGUACAUACUAUACGUGAGGAUGGCUAUUCUUCGAGAUGGUGGGGCAUGUCUUAAUCCAUUCGCAACAUCGUUUGCUUUGGCGGGACUUGGAAGUCUGUCACCUAGAGUAGAUCGGCAUAACAGUAACGCGCUGUCGCUUGCUGCGUGGUUACAGACGAAUGAAAAGAUAGCGAAAGUAGUUUUUCCGGGACUCACGACACAUCGCACUUUUUCGCGUACACCCAAGUACCUUCGUCAAAACUCUGGGUAUGGAUCAGUGUUGCAUUUCGAUCUAAAGGAGGGUGGAUCGGAGAAGGUAGCAACUCUUGUUGCCAACUUAAAGCUUAUCAAGCCGUCGACUGGACUAGGAAAUCCGCAAACCUUAAUCUACGUGCCCGACGAAAGCUCGGCAGUUAGGGAACAGAUCAAAGGUGUCGAUGAUGCUAGCAUUCGUGUCUCGGUUGGUCUGGAGCAUAUAGACGAUAUCAUCCAGGAUCUGAAAGAAGCUUUGAAGGUUGUUUGA